UAGAGAUAGGAAAGUAAAGACUGCCGGGUGAUUGAUCAGUAAGCUGUAGGAGUUAGUGACACCAAGUGGUGAUCUGCCAAAUGUACGAGUUGCAUUUAUCAAUGGUAGUACAUUUAAAUAUACUGAUGGACUUUGUUAUUUCAGCGUGAGAAACAUGGGGUAAAUGUUAUUUAUGUAUUUAUUUAUUGCAAAUACCGGUAGGGAACAACCCGUGUUUAAGUUGUGGAAGUUAUUUGAUACAUAAACCACAUCUGCAGCAUAAUGGUUGUCAGGGUAAACUAUUUUACCUCAAUUUUAAUAUCGUAGCGUGGAAUUAUAGUAUAAACCGACAUUUUGAAGUUUAAAUACGUCUACAGACUGAACAACAUAUAUUUAUGUUACGAGUCAUUUUACAUGACAAUACGCAGUACCAACCUGCGCUGUUGAAGGGCACGUGAUUCACCUGUGUCUGGGAGGGGUCAUACAACAAGCGCAAACAGAAAGAGGAGGGCAUACUUUUAUUAUGAAGAGAUGUCUACUGAAACCGGUUUUUUGGAAAACAUGAUACCACCAGACGCAUACAGAUCUCAACAGGUGCAAAGUAAAAACACAAAAUUAAGGAAUAUACGUGCUGACAAAAAAAGAUAAAAUUCAUUUUGGAAACGUCGAUCUUUUAUUAUAAUGUGAUUAUUAAAAAACGAAACUAAAUCGGAUAAAUACGGUAACCUUUGCGACUGAGAAUCAAAUACAAUGAGGAAACUGAUACUGGCUGGGUUUCUGCUUGGUUGCCUUUCAACAGGAUGUGUUUCUAUCCUGGUGAUUGUGCCUGAGACUGAGCGCUACACUUCACUCUUUGCCACUGUUAGACUAAGAUGUGACUACUCCACCUCCAGCAACCUUCAGGAUGUUUUGGUCACCUGGCGUUACAAGUCGUUUUGCAAGGACCCCAUCCUUGACUACUAUUCUGCAGGGUAUCAGGCUUCCUUGCAGUUGGGCCAGGACCCUGCCAAUGAUUGCUCGGACAGCAUGCGAGAGGUGAGGGUAGUGAUCCAGAAACGAGGGGGGAAUGAGCCUGUCCUGGGAAUGGAAUACAGGCAGCGGAAAAUCACCAUUCAAGACAAGGCUGACCUGGUGAUUAGUGAAGUGAUGUGGUGGGAUCAUGGGGUCUAUUUUUGUUCCAUUGAAGCAUCAGGCGACACCACAGGCGACUCUGAUAAAGAGAUCAAAUUGGUAGUUUACAACUGGCUGGUAGUGAUCUUCAUCAUCCUGGGCAUCCUGCUUCUGAUUCUGCUGCUCGGGGUUUGCUGGUGCCAGUGCUGCCCACACCGCUGCUGCUGUUACGUGCGCUGUGCCUGCUGCCCUACCAGGUGCUGCUGCCCAGAGAAGGCUGUGAUGCGCUACAAGAUGAUAAAAGAAGCACAAAAGGCUCUUAUGCCCUGGGCUGUGGGACAACCUAUUUAUGCACCGGUGGGUUCUGGAUCUUCAGCCUACCACUCAAACCCACAGCUUAGAGACUAUGCAUUCAAGCAGAACAUCCCAAUGAUGCCGCUGCCUCCCCCGACAGUUCAACACCCUGCCAAUAACUCUGUCCUGGACUACAUUGAGAAUCAGAUGAGGACCCUGGACUCAAACCACCCAUUGCAGCAGCUGCCACCGCCACCGCACCGCGGAGCAAACAACAUCCAGUUCCGGGGAGGCCCGCCCAGCAUUCUGUCAUCACUGAACGACAUUGAGGUGCGGGAGAUUGACAGGCGCGUUAUCCACCUACCGCCCAUUGUUGAGGGCCUGUCCCGUGACAACUCAUCGCAGGGCAACAGGGGUUACUAUUCAGGAAGCGAUAGGGGUGCCAGAGGGCCCCGCAACCAGGGAGGAUCCAGAUCCAGUCAGGACUCCAGCCUUCUCAACCGACAACAGCCUCCGGACGCCAGGAGGAGGAGAGAUGAUGUACAGAGCAACAGACGGAGCCCCAGGAGGGAGUUCUCCCCUUCCCGCCGGGAGGACUUGCGCAGCUACAGCGACGAGUCAGAAUACGAUGGCCACAGGAGGCCUGCCGCGGGGAGGAGGGGACGGGGCGACACUGGAGGCAGCGGUGGCAGCAGGUAUGCAGGCCGUCGGAGAUCGAGGAGCAGGGACGGUCUCUCCAAUGAACCACGGCGCCCGCAGGGCAGGAAGAGGAGCUUCUCCCCGCCAGGCAGGCGCUCCUGGAGCUCUGACGAAGACCUCAGCCGGAGGGGAGGCAACGGCAGGAGUCGCAACAGAGACCGGGAAGGAGACUGGCCGGAAAAGCCUCCUAGCUACAGCUCAGUAGAUAUCAUGCAAGGAAGAGCCAACAACCGUGCACACCGCAACAAUGAAGUAUAUUCAGAAAGAAGUUCCCGGAGUGGAAGAAGUAUGGUGAUAUGAAGCAAGGCACCUUUUUUAGCAUUUCUGUAAAUAUAGUAUUUUUUUUUUUUUUUUAGUUGAACCAUUACAUUUUUUUGUAUUUUUUUUUUUUUCAUAUUUACUCAUAGCUUCUUCAGUGUAUUUGUGAUAAGAUGCUUAUUGUAGUGCUGCAUGGAGUAGUAGUAUUCGAUUAUUUGAAUGAAGAACUUCACAGGUGAGGUGUCAUUGGUGUUGAUUAGCCUACUUUAGCAUUCAAAGUGAAACAAGUGAAGAAGCAGCUGCUUGGGUUUGUGUGGAUCACUGUUCUCCACAGAAUCUAAGAAAAGCAGCAAUCAUCACAAACCCAAGCAGCUGUUACUUUACUUGUUUCACUUGGAAUGGUAAACCAGCCCUAUCAAUGCCACUGACCCUCACCUGAUCGUCAGCACCUGUUUUCUGUGGAGAGCUCACUCCGAAUAAUCCAAUAAUCGGUUCAUGCAGCACUAGCUUAUUGUUAGUUUUGUUUCUGUCCAAAUUCUGUCUGUAAAUGAAAUACCACAAGUGACUCUGUGGACAAGACCUUGUUCCAUCUUCAUCCACCAUUUAUAAUUCCAGCCCAACUUGAUAGGAACUAGAGUGAAUGGGACCAAAGGGCAUGCUGGUGGGUCUGAGCCUUGAUCGUGGGGAUUGGAUUUCCGCUGAAGAUGCUGGGUAUCACCUUAUGUAUGCAGUCUAUAUAAACAACUGCAGGGGUGUCGAAUCACAGUGCUGGAGGGCUAUUCCACUCCAGGUUUAACAGGUAAAAUGAUAUAAUUAACUACUUCAGGGACUGGAUGGAGGUUUAAUUAAACAAUUUAGAACAGGAUUGGAACAAGGACCAGAAGUGGAAGGGUCAACUUUGGACACCCCUGAAUAACUGGAUGGACAUAGAAGCUGGACUCUCCAGGGCACAAUGGCUUACCUUUUCUGUACCUGCUGUGUGGACACAUGGAGGAGUUCAGUGUGUCAUGCUGUCCUGACACAGUAAUUGUAAUGUAUUACAAUCACUGCAUUAAUGUGAAUUAUAAAAGACAUUGUUACAGAGAGUCAUAUAGGAGAGGACUGCAUUUCCACUAGUUCAGAGUCAUGGUCUUUAAACUGUGUGACUUAGCAGGUAGAGGAUCAUUGCAUCUUGCGUGCAUGUAUCAUUUGGUAAAUCUUUUUAUAAUGCUGAAAUUAAUGUUGUUGGUUUUUAUAUCAAGCUGAGUUAAUUGGUAGUUUGGUAAAUGAUGUAAAUGAUUUCAUGGACUUUUGUCAUCCAAUUUGUCUUAUGCUGCGUAGUUAAUGUUUAUUACAUUUGGCUAAGAAUUAUUUUUAUAACUAUUAUUAGUACCAUACUCUUCUCGGAGAGUUUAUCACAUGUACUUUUCAUCUUGACCGUAUUCAUUUGUAUCAUUUUCAGUUUCAGUCAUCACAUCUUGGUGAGAUCUGGUUCACCACAGUGUAACCAUCAAUAAGAAAUACCAAGUGGAACAAAUGUGGAAUUUCUUACAUCCACUUUGGGCAAGAGUGUAACUGGUUACACUCUGGUGAGCCAGAUGUAUUUAGAGUUUUUUCUAUAGUGAGGACACAGGGCUGCUUUUUAAAACAAACAAACAAAAAAACACUCUCAAACAAAAUCACACAGAUUACAUUAGUUAAAAUAACUACCAAGUUGCUACUUAUGGAGGGAUGGAUAAAGCAAAAUGAACUGCAUGUAUUUGAGAUUUGGAAUAUGAAACAUGGAAAUGGGCACAGAUGAAUUAAUGUGUUUGUGGUGUUUUUAAAUUCUGUAUCUGGAUUUGAAUUCACUACUGUAAACUUUAAACAAAUAUUAUUAUGGAAAAAAAGAAAUAUUUGACAACUCAAAUAAUUCAGGAUAGAACUUGUGAGAUUAAUAUUGAAUUACCAAACAAUGUAUAUAUUUCAGAACAUUAUGCAGGGUUGCAAUUCUCUUAUCAUGGGGAACAUGACAUACAUAAUGUGGGCAUCUAACAUAUUGUUUGUGUGCAGUACAAUGUUGAACCUCUCUUCAUGCCUGUCACCAACUCUGUCCAGUUUGUUUUGAUACUGUCAUUGUGUAAGGAUUUCUUUGUUUAAAUAUUUGUUUUAACUUUCA